GAAGCCCAUGCCCGGCGGCUGGCCCGUGCUGCUGCUGCAGGGGAGGUCCGGCUCUGCAUGGCCCCGGCUGCUGACAUGACUUCUUUGCCACUCGGUGUCAAAGUGGAGGACUCCGCCUUCGGCCCUCCGGCGGGGGCAGGCGGGGGCUCGGCUCCCAGCGCCGCCAUGGGCGCUGACGAGGAGGCGGCCAAGCCCAAAGUGGCCCCUUCGCUGCUGCCCUUCAGCGUGGAGGCGCUCAUGGCCGACCACAGGAAGCCCGGGGCGAAGGAGAGCUCCCUGGCUGCCCCCGAGGGCGCCCCGGCGGCGGGCGGCUCAGCGCAGCCCCUGGGCACCCGCCCGGGGUCCCUGGGGGCCCCCGACGCGCCCGCCUCGCCGCGGCCGCUCGGCCCCUUCUCGGUGGGAGGACUCCUCAAGCUGCCCGAAGAGGCGCUCGUCAAAGCCGAGAGCCCAGAGAAGCCCGAGAGGACCCCGUGGAUGCAGAGCCCCCGCUUCUCCCCGCCCCCGGCCAGGCGGCUGAGCCCCCCGGCCUGCACCCUGCGCAAGCACAAGACCAACCGCAAGCCACGGACGCCCUUCACCACCGCGCAGCUGCUGGCGCUGGAGCGCAAGUUCCGCCAGAAGCAGUACCUGUCCAUCGCUGAGCGCGCCGAGUUCUCCAGCUCGCUCAGCCUCACGGAGACGCAGGUGAAGAUCUGGUUCCAGAAUCGCCGCGCCAAGGCCAAGAGACUGCAGGAGGCCGAGCUAGAAAAGCUGAAGAUGGCCGCCAAGCCCAUGCUGCCCCCGGCUGCCUUCGGCCUCUCCUUCCCGCUCGCCGGCCCCGCGGCCGUGGCGGCCGCGGCCGGCGCCUCGCUCUACGGUGCCUCUGGCCCCUUCCAGCGCGCCGCGCUGCCCGUGGCUCCCGUGGGACUCUACACGGCCCAUGUAGGCUACAGCAUGUACCACCUGACAUAGAGGGCCUCAGGGGCGCCCACCUGCCGUGCCAGGCGGUUCCUCCCACCGCGGCCUUCGGCGAGCCAGCGGUAGGGGCCACCCCCCAGCGAGCUCCCCUGUUCUGCACCUCCUCGCCUUUCCCUCUAACCCCACACCGUUCCGAUUUCUCCCCGUGCUUCUAUCUCCGAGGUCAGAUCCUCUCCCCCUCAAAUGACUGGAAGGGCCCUUAGCGCUCUUCUAGAAUCUAGAUCUCCACCCUCGUGUUACAGACGGGGAAACUGAGGCCAGCGAGGUCAAGAGAUUGAUUCAAGGUUCCCAGCAGAAUUAGUGGUUGAACCAGGACUAGAGGCUGUGUCUCCUGUAUCUCUGUCCCCUAACCUGGCACCAGGCAGGACCAGCGCGGAGAAAUUCCUGUGUGAGGCGGCUGGCCAUGAGGACAGAUGGAGAGAGAGUAUGCCGGGGAGGUGACUGUCACUUCCUUCCGAUGGAAAACUUCAGAGAACUUCGACAGCAAAACAAUUGCUUUGGGGGGGGGGAGGGACACACAGAUGCAUCACAAAGGUAGGUUGAAGGGGGCCUCUGCUACCAGUACCAGAAAAAAAAAAGUAAA